UCCCAGCAUUUCAUUUCAGUUCAAUUUCAAUUUCCAUUUCGAAGACUUUACUUUCUCCCUUCCAUGAACUCUCUUACCAUGUUUCCUCGGUUCUAUAGAUGGAGAUGGAAGCUCUGAAACUUGCCUUCGCCGAAUCUCGUUUUGUGCUUCAGAUUCACUCUUCAGCUUUUGAUUUGGAUUAAUCAGAAACUUUCCUCUUCCCGUUAUUUUUUUGAUCGGGUUCGGAAUUCGAUCUUCUCCUUAUCCAUUCGUAAUCGGUGAGUUCUUACUCUUCAAUUGAAUCCAGUCUAUUACUCGAUCUGAAACGCUUGAACUGAUUGCAGGUCAGAAAAGAAAUUGUGCUUUAACGCUAACUGAAGCAUGUGCGGUGGUCCUGAGAAAUCAAAAUCUCUUUCAACUGAGUCCUCAUCUGCAGUAGAAGGUUCAACUAACGUGAAAGACAUGAAAAAUCUAACUGUUCAUACUGAAGAUUCUUUUUGCUGCUUACUUGAGCUCGCUUCUAACAAUGAUUUUGAAGAUUUUAAGCUAGCUUUAGAGAGGGAUACUUCUCUAUUAAAUGAAGUUGGCCUCUGGUAUGUCCGUCAAAGUGGAUCUAAACAAAUUGUUCUUGAGCACCGAACUCCUUUAAUGGUUGCUGCUAUGUACGGGAGUAUAGAUGUUCUUAAACUUAUACUCUCAUGUCCAGAGGUUGAUGUAAAUUUUUCAUGCGGAUCAGAUAAAAGCACUGCCCUUCACUGUGCUGCUUCAGGUGGUUCUGUUAAUGCAGUGUGUGUUGUGAAGUUGCUCUUAUCUGCUGGUGCUGAUAUUAAUUGUGUGGAUGCUAAUGGAAAUCGCCCUGUUGAUGUUAUUAUUGUUCCUCCUAAGCUGGAUGGUUUUAAAGCAAUUCUUGAAGAUCUUCUUUCGGAUAGUGCUUCUGAUGGAUCUGUUGAUGACUGUUCUUUUCCUGUAACUGAUAAUUCAAGUCCUGAUUCAUCUUCUCAUUUAUCAUCAUCUGAAAAUGGGUUGCCAUCCUCUCCUGUGGCACCAAAGUUUACUGAUACAGCUGUUAAUUCUACAUCAGAGAAGAAAGAAUAUCCAGUUGAUCCAUCACUUCCAGAUAUAAAGAACAGCAUAUAUGCAACAGAUGAAUUUCGCAUGUUUUCAUUCAAGGUUCGUCCUUGUUCCCGUGCAUAUUCACAUGAUUGGACUGAGUGUCCUUUUGUUCAUCCUGGAGAGAAUGCUCGUAGGAGAGAUCCCAGAAAGUUCCAUUACAGCUGUGUGCCAUGCCCUGAUUUUAGAAAAGGGACUUGUAGACGAGGGGAUAUGUGUGAGUAUGCUCAUGGAGUAUUUGAGUGCUGGCUACACCCAGCUCAGUAUCGAACAAGGCUGUGCAAAGAUGGUACUAGUUGCAAUAGAAGGGUCUGUUUUUUCGCUCACACAGCAGAAGAGCUGCGCCCAUUGUAUGUGUCAACUGGAUCUGCUGUACCUUCGCCCCGUUCAUCUGCCUCCACUCCUAAUGUCAUGGACAUGGCUGCUGCCAUGAGCCUCUUUCCUGGUUCGCCAUCAUCAAUUUCUUCCAUGUCUCCAUCUCCUUUUGCACAGCCAAUGUCUCCAUCUGCAAGUAGCAUUUCUCACUCAUCUGCUUGGCCACAGCCAAAUGUGCCAGCUCUUCAUUUACCUGGAAGCAAUAUUCAAACUAGUCGAUUGAGAUCUUCUCUAAGUGCUCGUGACAUGCCACCUGAAGACUUGGAUGUGUUGCAAGAUUUUGAUGGUCAGCAACAGCUUUUGAAUGACUUGGGCUGUUUCUCACAGCCCCGGCCUGGUGCCAUUUCAGUGAGUCGGUCAGGUUGGUCUAAGACACUAACACCAUCAAAUCUUGAUGAUCUAUUUUCUGCUGAGAUUUCUUCAUCUCCUCGGUAUGCUGACCCAGCAGUGGCUUCUGUGUUUUCCCCAACACACAAAUCUGCUGUUUUAAAUCAGUUUCAGCAGCUUCAAAGUUCUCUGUCACCCAUAAAUACCAAUGUCUCAUCUCCUAGGAAUGUGGAGCAUCCUCUAUUACAGGCUUCAUUUGGUGUUUCUUCUCCUGGAAGGAUGUCUCCAAGAAGUAUGGAACCAAUCUCUCCAAUGAGUUCCCGAUUAGCAGCAUAUGCUCAGCGUGAAAAACAGCAGCAACAGCUGCGGAGCCUUAGUUCAAGGGACCUUGGUGCUAACAAUCCUGCCUCAGUUGUUGGGUCCCCUGUUAACUCCUGGUCUAAGUGGGGAUCUCCUAAUGGGAAUGGAAAAGUAGAUUGGUCGGUAAAUGGAAAUGAGCUAGGUCGAUUGCAAAGAUCAUCCUCAUUUGAGCUUGGAAACAAUGGGGAAGAGCCUGAUCUAUCCUGGGUCCAAUCCCUUGUCAAGGAAUCCCCACCCGAGAUCAAAGACAGGUUGGCAGGUUCUGGCCCUAUUGCAUCUGCUGAUGGACUGAAUUCCAAUCCUCAAGUAGAGUCUAUUGAUCAUUCUGUUUUAGGAGCCUGGCUUGAGCAAAUGCAGCUGGAUCAGCUUCUAGUCUAAUUACAAAAAUUGACCCUUUCCAUCUUGUGAUAGGAGGUAUUUAAUUCACAAGGUACAUAUUCUUUUUGUGAAAAUUUUUUGGGUGGAGCAAGGAGGGAAUGUAAUGUUACUGAAGCAAGGAGAGGGAUGGCUGCAAAGUUCCCUGAGGAUAAUUUGUUUUUUUUUUUUUCUUGUUAAAUUUGUCAAUUCAAUUAUUUUACUAAGAGCUUCAGGGGAGGAGGGGGUAAGAGAGCCUCUCUCUGGGCUGAAGAUUUCCAUUGAAAAAGAAAAAUUUUCUUCCAAAAAUGUGUCGUUUCAGGACUCUCUUUUUAGCUUCAUUUUACUUCGAGCCAUGCUGGGACGGUUUUAUAUAGCAACAAAACCAAUAGCUUCAUUUGUAUUCAAGUUCUCCUUUACCUGGCAAGAAUCUAUCAGUAUUUUGGCGUUGAAUGUAUAGGUUAGAGUGAGUUUCCUGUUAAGGAAAUAGAGGUGAUCUGCGCCAUUGAAUAUUUUACUGCUAGCAGCAGAUCGUUUAGCUAUAGCGAAGUUCACUGUGUUCCAUCGGUGUAUAAACUUUGUUGUAUUGGUUAUUUUUAUAUUCAAUGUAAUAGUUAUUUUAAG